AUGCCCGGACUUACAGGUGAUCCGAAUCAACACGAUGCUUCCAAAUUCUCGGACUCGAUAUCUGGAUCGUGUCUCUGCGGAAGUAUCACAGUGACUAUCACCGAUCCUGAACUCUUCAGCAAGCCUCGAGGCCAUCUAUGCCACUGCUCGAAUUGCCGCAAGGUGGCUGGCUCUUUCGUCUCGAGCAAUCUCCUCAUCGAAGCCGAGAAGGUCAAGAUCGACGAUCGCGAUGGCACUUUGACGACUUAUGAGGACCGCGCAACUGGUAGUGGCAACCCUGUAUACAGGUUCUUCUGCAGCAAGGACGGGAACCCCAUCAAAUCAGAGACUCAAGCCUACCCAGGCAAGGUCGUGGUCAAGAUGGGCAUGAUGCCACGCAUCCCUCAACCAGAAAUGGAGAGCUUUGGUCUCCACAAGCACGCAUGGCAAGGCAAGCACAAGGACAUGCAAACCUACAAGAUCCGGUUCGCCGGUCCGGACAAGGAGCUGUUGGAGUGA